CUUUGGCAGCCUGGUGGAACCGAAAGAAGAAACGGUCAUUUGUGUGCACGGAGUUGGACCAAAGCAAGUGAGAAUACAAUACAAUACAAUACAAAACAACACAACAACGCAACCAUGAAAAGAAAAGAAACACGAACACACAAACGCGCAUUACUCGCUAUAGCCGCAAGACCAAGCACACAACAUAAACCACUUCUUUUUAAUACCAUUCUUUCCCCUCCAUCUUUUUAAUUUUCAACUCCUUCCUAUUUAGCUACCUAACUCUCCUUAGACUUGAGCAUUUUCUCUUGGCUCCCAAAGGUGAUCAUACUUUUUCUUUUACUUUUCUCCUUUGUUUCCCAAAAGGGGUUCUUGUCCCAAAUGGAGUUCCUGUCUUUUACAUGUUAAAGAGUGCAGCAGUCACAUCCCAGGAUCAUUAUGAGUUGUGGCUGCUUUGGAGCCUCAACUCUCAAGAAGAAAAGCAAUCCUUCUCGUACUCCUAAUGAGAUUGAUGGCUUUCCACUUGAUAAUGUUAAGAAUUUUUCUGAUAAAGACCUGAGACUGGCCACUGAUAACUAUCAUCCAAGCAAAAAGCUAGGACGAGGAGGUUUUGGAACUGUUUACCAGGGAACCUUAAAAAAUGGAAGACAAGUAGCAGUGAAGACACUUUCUGCUGGGUCAAAGCAGGGAGUUCGUGAAUUUUUAUCUGAAAUUAAAACUAUAUCAAAUGUUAAACAUCCAAACCUUGUUGAAUUGGUUGGUUGCUGCGUUCAAGAAACUAAUCGCAUAUUAGUGUAUGAAUAUGUGGAAAAUAACAGCCUUGAUCGUGCAUUAAUUGGUGGAGGUUCAAAUAUCAGAUUAGACUGGAGAAAAAGAUCUGAUAUUUGCAUGGGUACUGCUAGAGGUCUUGCGUUUCUUCAUGAAGAACUUGUGCCACACAUUGUGCAUAGAGACAUCAAGGCAAGCAAUAUACUACUUGACAAACAUUUCAAGCCAAAAAUAGGAGAUUUCGGGUUGGCUAAAUUAUUUCCAGAUGACAUCACUCACAUUAGCACAAGGAUUGCUGGAACAACUGGUUACUUAGCACCAGAAUAUGCAAUGGGUGGCCAGUUAACCCUGAAGGCUGAUGUAUAUAGUUUUGGUGUUCUUAUUCUUGAAAUAAUCAGUGGCAAAAGCAGUGCAAGGACAAACUGGGGAGGGUCCAACAAAUUCCUCUUGGAAUGGGCCUGGCAACUGUAUGAAAAUGGGAAACUAUUGGAACUUGUGGAUCCAGACAUGGUUGAAUUCCCUGAGGAAGAGGUAAUUAGGUACAUGAAGGUUGCUUUUUUCUGCACACAAGCUGCAGCAAGUAGAAGGCCAAUGAUGUCCCAAGUUCUGAAUAUGCUGUCCAAGAACACGAGGCUGAAUGAAAAGGAACUAACUGCACCAGGGUUUUUCCAGGAUUCAGGAACAUCUUCUCAGAAGAAGUCAUCCUUUGAAUCCACCAGCUAUCAAUUUAGCUCUAACCCUUCCAGUAUUACUCAGUUGGCCCCACGUUGAACCAUAAACUAAACGUCUGAUGUGUCAAUUGCAGAGUUAAAAAGUAGUAGGAAAGAAAGAGAACAAAGAGGGAUUUUUUUUUUUUUACAUUUUUCUCCAUUUUGUAUAUUAUUUUUUAUAAAUGUAUUUUAAUUUAUAAGGUGGGCUUGGAUAAGUUUUCUUUUUUGAAAAUAGGGUUUUAUGAUUUUUUUUUUGUAAUAGAUAUUUCGAAGCAAUUGCUUUUUUGACUUACGAUAAGAAAAUAUCAAUGUUUGGGUAACUUGAUUCUGAAAAA